UAUCUUUUUUAAUAUUCCAUCAUUUUCACCCACUUUACAUUCCAUUUAUCCACAACUACUACAUAGUACUAGUCAGUAGUCACAAUCACACUCAUCCCUCUGAUACAUAGAAUUCAAAAAAUGUGUCCUCUCAGACUCAUUCUUAUAUUCUUGUCAGCUACUCUUGCUUGUUUCUUUGUCCUCAGAAACCUCAGAUCUCAACCUCAACUCACUGAUCAGUUGGACCAAAACAAUGAAGACACACCAGAAACAGAAACCUUGGAUUCUUCUAAACCAACCUUAAACGCACCUUCCAAAUCCAAGGUUAAGGUUGCAUUAGAAUCAGGAUUUUGGACAUUUGUUGACAUGGCUUCUGGUCCAAUCCCCUUCAAAGCAAUAAUUGAUCUCAUACCUUUGUGAUAUUCAUGACAGACACAAAGUUUAUAGGAACUUUUCAUCUCAUGAUAUAUGCUAGUAAUAUUGGAAACUCAAACCCAACUCUCCUUUUCAUAGGGUGAUGAUAUUUAUAACUACAAUAAGACUAUUUCCUCUAUUAAAAUUUGGUAUUGAAUAUGGUUUAUAGAUAGAGUGUCUCUCU